CAAAAGGCUUGUCAACUUCCGGUGACCCUCAUCGCCCGGGCUGUAUGUGUGCGCUCGCGGGGGCCGCUGCAUCGAUGCAGUGGAAUGAGACACAAUCCAAAUCCCCGGUCCUUUACACUGACAGAUGCCUCUUUAAAAAUAAAUGAUAACUAGCGACAAACGAGUAUUUGUAACAGGGACUCCACAAGGGCGUAACUGGAUGCCGGUGUUGGCAAAUAUCCGUUACAACUGUACAGUUACAGUAUAUAUUGUACAUACCCGCUCUGUAUCUGUAUACAGCCGUGUGUCCAUGUUGUUUCCCCUAGCUGAUUAACAAUCAACCGGGAGAAACGGAAACCAAACGGAACGCCGAGUUGUGGUGGAUAUUAAUAAAUGUUUCUUAUCCCCAUCUUCAGAGAUCCCCAUCAACGGGACUGACUCGAUCGCCGCUGGAUGGUAUAUUUCAUUUGUAUAUGGCGAUUUUAUGACAUAUCUGACAGUGGUUCAAUGUGGAUUUGUAUACAGAUUAUACGGUUUAUAAUGGACAUUUUAUAACCGGCAUGACCUUUAGACAUUUUAGGCAAUUUGAUGGAAAUAUCUUCGCUCGGCUGGAAACCACAACGCAUGAUCCGCCUAAUUAUUUGUGGCAGUUUAACUGCUCGUUUUCCAUGGUGGAAGUAAAGUAAAGCAGUGGAAUACUUUUUAAUUUGGUUAAGAGAAAAGCGAGCGCGAUUACCACUCAAACGGCAUUUCGAUGGAAAAAACAAAGCGAAAUCAAUUGGAGUGUGCAGCCGGGGAAGAAAGUUUUUAAUAAUAAUUUGGUCUGCCUACUAAAGCAAUCAAGCGCAAACCCGUUGACAGUAUGACUGGAGAUGGUCGGGCGAGGAUUAAUAUUUGCUUCUCUGCCGGAUUGCUGCCUCUUCCCGCUCCGUUCUCCGUAUCGGCAUCGCGCCUGCAUAUAUAUCACGCCGCACAACAACAUAUAUACAUCCAGCUGAUAGGCAGAUUAUGAGGCGGAAAGUGUGAGAAGGGGGAGAAAAAGAUGCGGUAGCGGAUGAUGGAAAUCGGCUUAGAAACGCUGCUACAUCUGCACUACAAUGGCUGGUACAUGCGGCAUUUCAAUACGAGCAGUCCGCGUACGUCGAAUAGUACGUCGACGUCAGCGUCGUCGUCGACGCCGACUGCGCAUACGCCGUGGCCAUCAUCAUCAUCAUCAUCAACAGUUGCCAACAGUCACUCACGACUUUCAACCGGCACAUCCACAAUUGCCGAGUAUCACUAUCCCCAUAUUAUCCCGCAGUCCAAUGAUACGGAUACGGAUAUCCAGUGGAGUGCUGACGGAAAUUAUACGUCCACGCAGGGAGACGCUGAUUAUUAUAAUACUAGUGAUUUCGGCCGCAUCUUCUACUGGACCGUCGACAGGACGUCACAUGCGGAUGCGGAUGCGGACCGGCAACGACGCAAUAACACCGCUAAUGUCCACAGUGGAAUUGCUGCCGCCCACCAAUCUGCAGCCGGCAACUUAUCAUCAUCGGAUUAUUACAUCCUCAACAUAACGGAUGAUCUAAGCACAUUGCCCACUGCAUUUCCCAUGAUUAACACCACACAACGGGAGAAUGCCGGCACCGCGACAUUGUCAUUAUUACCGGAUACGAUGGACAUUACGCUGUAUAACACCACCACCAACAUCACCACCAACGAUACCUGCGUGUGGUCAGUGGAAGAUAUGAACCUGUGGGCCACGAUAGCCUGCGUGCUGAUCGUGGCCGGCUUCCUGGGCAAUCUGCUGGUUUGCAUGGCCAUUAUUACCGAACGCCGUUUGCAGUCGCCGACCACCAAGUUCCUCUUUUCACUGGCCGUCGCCGAUCUCUUCGUCUCGGUGUUUGUUAUGCCUUUGGGAAUAGUUGUUGAAAUAUACGGCGGUAGUUGGCCGUUAGACUUCAGUAUGUGUGUUUUGUACAACUUCUCGGACAUCACCGGCUGCACGGCCAGCAUCAUGCACAUGUGCUUCAUCAGUAUUGACCGCUAUCUGGGCAUCUCCCGUCCGCUGAAGCAGCGCAACCGCUCCAACUCCGUCAUCCACUUGAAGAUCGCCUUUGUCUGGAUCAUCACCCUGGCCAUCUCCUCGCCGGUCAUCUUCGUCAGCCUGCACGACCCGAGCAACGUCUUGCCCACGCCCUGUCUGUGUACGAUGGACAACCAGUACAUUAUGGUGGCCGGCAGUUUCACGGCCUUCUUCUUGCCGCUGGCCGUGAUGGCCUUCAUGAUGGGAUUGACGGUUAAACUGCUAAGGGAACAGGCCCGCUGGUCGGAAGGGAAGCGCGAGGCCGGCGGGGCGGUCAGCCGCUCACGGACGGCCAUUAAGCGGAGACCACAGGAGCGGGCGCCGCCCGAACGCUGUAAAGCGCGCUACCGCAGUGAUAGCAACAGCGGCGAACAUCGCAGAUCCAACGGGAACGUCGGCGUGUCGCAUAACGAAGAGUCCUCGGCGUCGGACAUUUCGCCGGAUGAGCCGCUGGCCACCUCCAACAGUCCGACGCGCAGCUCCAAGGGCGUCAGCAAGAUGCAGGCGGCGGUAAAUCUGUUCAAUCGGCGUCGCCAGAAGAAGCUCAGUGCUCAGAAAGUCGACAGCGAGAAGAAAGCCACCAAGGUGCUCAGCAUCGUCUUCGCGCUCUUCGUGGCCUGCUGGACACCCUUCUUCGUCAACAAUCUGUGGAUGGGCGCCUGCCUCUUCAACGGCUACGACUGCUCACCGAAGCCGAUCGUCCUCAAGGUGUUUUUGUGGCUGGGAUGGGCGUCCAGCAUAGUGAAUCCAGUGGUGUAUACGGUGGUGAAUCCGCUGUUCCGCAAAGCCUUCUUCCGCCUGCUGUGUUGCCCGUUCAGCAAGGACGCCGGUCAGCAGUGCCGGCGCCAACUGCAGCGCACCGUCCAGAACUGCCGCGAAUGGUCCAGUCUGUCGGGCAGCUGCAGCACCACCGGCUGCACCGGCGGACCGUCCAACAACAAACGCGCCAUCCUCCUACCAAACUCCGAUUCGACCCACUUCAAGCCGAACGUCAAAUGGAACCCCACCUUCUUAACGGCGCUGGCGCUGGAUAACGAAACUCCCGUUUAAAUAAUAUGUCCGCGCGACUUCCUGUGCGGAUCGAUUGAUGGAUAGUUUCAAUUUGGAUAAUUAUUACCCUUUGUUCUGCACUUGGUGGCAUUUCUCCCGGUUGCGCAAAAAACAGAAUUAUGAAGAGACAGUUAUUAGCGUACGACUUAUCCAACUUUCAACUGUGUUAAUUUGGUGUUCUUCCUGUGAGUUAUGGUGAUCUGUCUAAUGUCUGCCAAAAAUUGUUGCGUAUUGAUUAUAUUUGUCCGCUAUUUUUCUUGUAAUGUGAAAUUUAUGUCGGGCACAUAUUUACGUCUUUUGUACGGUGCGCUACGGCUGUCGUUUAGUAAAAUUUCCGACAAUCGACA